AUGUACAACAAAGGUGACGUGAGACUGUUCCGGCCGUGGAGCGUGAAACCGGAGGAACAUCCUGCGGAUGACGAACGUCCCUUCACCGAUCGAGAAGACACGAAUGUUGGCAUCCUCGACGAGAUUCUCAUUGGAUCCACCGAGAUCCAAGAGCCAAGCAGUCUUCAGUCGAAGCGAGCCAAGCAGCCUUCAGUCGAAGCCGGAACAGAUAGAUCGAGAUUCGCCAAGGACGAGGAAUCUUCUCCAAUGAGGAACAAGGAUUCGCAGUUCUUCCCUCCUCGUUUCGCUGUGGAAAGCUCGUGCCGAUCGGUUCGCGCGAUACCGCCAUCGAGCUUGAAUAUCCCGCUUAUCGCCGGCUUCGUCGUUGACAACGAUGUCUCUGUUCUUCAUUCGACCUACCAGCAAGACUGUCUUUUAGGGGUGAACCUAAAUGCUUCGCUAAACCUACCGCAAUGCGUCCUUCACUCGUCGAUGAUGGAUCGCGUGUUGAAUCGAGUUGCUAGCGCUCCAGUGACGUCGAUGCCGCACGCUUUGUACACGCCGAUGGCGAUGGAGCAGGCGGUGGAGAUGCUGCACCGGCAGGACGCGGUCGCGAAACAGAUGAAGAAGCAACGGCCGAAGAGGUUUCGAUGCGAGCACUGCGACGUCGCGUUCAGCAACAACGGGCAGCUGAAGGGGCACGUCAGGAUACACACCGGUGAGUUUCAAUCUUCUAGAACUGUGUGUUGUUGUCCUCGGCAAUUUCAACGUGAAAGGCCAUUCAAGUGUGACUUCGAGGGCUGUGGCAAGACGUUCACGAGGAACGAAGAGCUAACGAGGCACAAGAGGAUUCACACGGGCAUAAGGCCGCACGCGUGUUUCGUUUGCGGGAAACGAUUCGGUAGGAAGGAUCAUCUGAAGAAACACAUGAGGACGCACGAAAACCGAGAUCCUUACCGACUAACGGCCACCACGCUGGGAAUAUUCGGCCAACAUCCAUUCUCACCUUACAACUUUCAAAUUGGAUGCUAUUACUCAACAACGUUCGAAACACUAUUGAGAAGUUUGUAUUCUUUACUGGACACCCCAUGGACGAGGUACGAUUAUCGAGAGAAGGCUAAAGGAACAGGAAGCACACCCGGUGCGAAGACCUUUGAUUCCGUUUCAACGACUCGC